AUGGCACGCUUAACAAAGAGGCGGCAGGCAGACACGAAGGCUAUCCAGCAUCUUUGGGCAGCGAUUGAAAUCAUCCGGAACCAGAAGCAAAUUGCGAAUAUUGACCGUAUUACAAAGUACAUGUCCCGAGUCCAUGGUAUGCAUCCCAAAGAAACCACACGUCAGCUGAGCUUAGCAGUCAAGGAUGGGCUCAUUGUUGAAACCCUGACAGUGGGGUGUAAAGGGUCAAAAGCUGGUAUUGAACAAGAAGGAUAUUGGUUGCCAGGAGAUGAGAUUGCCUACGGUAUGCAGCCUUUUUCCCAGACAGCAGCAAAAAACAAGGACUGGGAAACAGAAAAUCAUGACUGGUAUUGUUUUGAAUGCCAUUUACCUGGAGAGGUGUUGAUAUGUGACCUGUGUUUUCGUGUGUAUCAUUCCAAGUGUUUGUCUGAUGAGUUCAGGCUUAGAGACAGCAGUAGUCACUGGCAGUGCCCAGUUUGCAGGAGCAUUAAGAAGAAGAACACCAGCAAACAGGAGAUGAGCACCUACCUGCGCUUCAUCGUCUCUCGUAUGAAAGAGCGGGCUAUAGAUCUAAACAAGAAAGGGAAGGACAACAAACACCCAAUGUAUAGAAGGCUGGUGCACUCGGCUGUUGAUGUUCCUACUAUACAGGAGAAAGUAAAUGAAGGAAAGUAUAGGAGUUAUGAGGAGUUCAAAGCAGAUGCUCAGCUGCUUCUACACAACACAGUGAUUUUCUAUGGAGCGGACAGUGAACAAGCUGACAUAGCCAGGAUGCUUUACAAAGACACAUGCCAUGAACUGGAUGAACUUCAGCUUUGCAAGAACUGUUUCUAUUUGUCCAAUGCACGACCCGACAACUGGUUCUGCUAUCCCUGUAUACCUAAUCAUGAGUUGGUUUGGGCCAAAAUGAAAGGCUUUGGGUUUUGGCCAGCUAAAGUAAUGCAGAAAGAGGACAAUCAAGUUGAUGUUCGCUUUUUUGGCCAUCACCACCAAAGGGCCUGGAUCCCCUCUGAAAACAUUCAGGACAUCACAGUUAACAUCCAUCGGCUGCACGUGAAGCGCAGCAUGGGGUGGAAGAAGGCCUGCGAUGAGCUGGAGCUGCACCAGCGCUUUCUUCGUGAGGGGAGGUUCUGGAAGUCAAAGAACGAGGAUAAAGGGGAAGAGGAGGCAGAGUCCAGCAUCUCUUCCACCAGCAACGAGCAGCUGAAGGUUACUCAGGAACCAAGAGCAAAGAAAGGGCGACGUAACCAGAGCAUGGAACUGAAGAAAGAAGAGCCAGAACCUGAAACCGAAGCAGUAAGUUCAAGCCAGGAAAUUCCCACAAUGCCUCAGCCCAUUGAGAAGGUUUCAGUCUCAACUCAGACCAAGAAGUUAAGUGCCUCUUCUCCAAAAAUGCUGCAUCGGAGCACCCAGACCAGUAAUGACGGAGUGUGUCAGAACAUGUGCCAUGACAAAUACACCAAAAUCUUUAAUGACUUCAAGGACAGGAUGAAAGCUGAUCACAAAAGAGAAACAGAGAGAGUAGUGCGGGAGGCAGUGGAAAAGCUGCGUGCAGAGAUGGAAGAAGAGAAAAGGCAGGCUGUAAGUAAAGCUGUGGCCAAUGCACAAGGAGAGAUGGACAGAAAAUGUAAGCAGGUAAAGGAGAAGUGCAAAGAAGAAUUUUUAGAAGAAAUUAAGAAGCUAGCAGGCCAGCACAAGCAACUGAUUUCCCAGACCAAGAAGAAGCAGUGGUGCUACAACUGUGAAGAGGAGGCCAUGUACCACUGCUGCUGGAACACCUCCUACUGCUCCAUCAAGUGUCAGCAGGAGCACUGGCACGCGGAACACAAACGUACCUGCCGCAGGAAAAGAUGAGAGAGUGAUUCCUGCCCUGGCAGAGCACCCUGAUGAUUGCUAUUCUCAGACACAGCGGUUUUUGUUUCCAAGAAGCCAAAAUUGUUUAGAAUUUGCUUCCCAUUUUGCACCAGCCUUUAAACACUUUUGGUAAAAGAAAUUUUACAUGGUGAUUUUCAUCUUCUGUUUAAUGCUCCUCUGAAAUUGUGUCAGCAAAAUGAAUCUAACAUCAGUGGGAGUAGUUUGAGUAAUUUUAA